GCAUUCAAAAUCACAACUGUCACUUAUUUGAUAUCUUACUUUGAUAUAAAAGGUAAGUUUAGCUGCGCUAAAUUCACAGUUUACGCUUUCUCUUGUUUGAAGUUAUCAGGUAUCAACGUUAGCAUCGAUUCUUAGAAGCAUGGCUAGAUAUCAACCCGUAAAGCUCGCCCAUCGUGUAUUUGAAGCUAUUGGUGGAAGCGAUAAGAAAAAGCCACCUGUGAUUUUUAUGCAUGCUAUGUUGUGCUCCAAAGAAGUGUGGGAAACUAUACCUCAGCGAGUGGCAGAAUUGACUAAGAGAAAGGUCUUUACUUACGACGCCAGAAACCACGGUGAGAGUGAACAUACGAAGGAUUCUAGUUUCCAUAACAAUCUUCAGGACCUCUACACUUUCAUGGAUCGUAUGGAUAUCAAAGAUUCUGUUUUGGUCGGCCAUAGUUUUGGAGGAUUAACUGCCAUCAGUGCUGCUCUACAGGAACCAAAGAAAGUUGAGAAAGCAUUUAUUGUGGACAUGUAUGUGAAGAAAAUUCAGCAGGAAUUGAUUGACCGAUCCCUCAGAUUCAUGAAUAUUUGGACAGAUGUUGUCAGAAGUCUUCCCAAAGAUACCUCUGAAGUCGAUGUCACUAGAAUUAGCGUGCCACUUCUGUAUGAAAGAUUGCCUGAAGAAAUGAAACUCCAAUCCGAAAAGGAAGCUUACCUGAUGUCAAAGUUCUUGUACAGAAGAAGACCGGAUGGAGGAUAUGAUAUGCGGUUCAACACAGAAGCUCUUGCUGAUGCUCUCAAACAAUAUCAGGAAUCCCCCAUUGUUCAUAGUGGUCAAUAUGAUGGUCCAGCAUAUUUCAUUUAUGGGUCCAAAUCCCCAUUUAAUGUAGGCUCUGAAGAGGCGGACAUAAAGAAGCAUUUUUCAAAAGCAGAGAUGAUAGAAUUCAAAGAUGCUUCACAUCAUCUUUUUGUGGACUUCCCUGAUAAAUUUGUCGACACACUUGUUCAAAGAAUAGAAUAAGGAUACGAAUGUGGAAUUUCAUGACUCUAUCGAAUUACUUCAAAUUGUCGGAGCAAAGUUCUAUUGUAUUUUAUAUUAUCGUUCAAAAUAUGAAUUAAAAUUGUCCUGCUUAAUGUUU